CACUGCGGAAAGAGGGCAAGGACAGGAGUCCAAAGACAAGAGUCCAAUGCACGCUCUGAUGCACUCCCGAUAUCUGGUAGUGACCAGCAGGGGAUGUCUACAGCCGUUAAUGGUGCAGAUAAGGAGAGUGCAAGCACGCGCACCAUACAUCGUCCUUAUGGUAGGGACCAAGAGGGAGCAACUACAGCCAUUAAUGCUGCAAAUAAGGAGGGUGACAUGCCCACACGCACCGAUAACCUCUUACUUAUGGUAGUGACUAUUCUAAGAGGAUCCACACCAUUCGCCAAUGGAUUACCUUUGCUUUCCAUUCCAGCAUGGCUUUCGCCGCUUCAAUUAUAA